UAAAAAUUUAAAUGGAUAACUCGAUAGAGAAAAGGUAUCAGAGUGUCAAAAUACAGCUGGAUAACUUGAACUACCAUCAACCAUUCACUGUUGAAAGUGUAGCUCUAGUUGAAAGAUUACUCCUCGAUUUCUGAAAGACAGCUAAUGCUUUCCAGAACUUAAAGAGGACCAACAACUCAGUUUUGGCGGAACUUGAGAGCGAAAAGACAAAAAUUGUGCCAUUGUCUAAAGAAAAUGAAAGAAUUGUGAAGGAGAAUAAUGAGCUUCACCAGGAAAUGAUCAAGUGUGAAGAAGUUGCAAGAGAGACCCAAAUGAAAUUCCAACAUGAAGAACUCAAAUAUAAAAGCAUCAUUGAUGAUUUAAAAUUCACGAUUUCUAACAAGGAUCAACAGAUCAAGAGGUAUAAAGAGGAGAACGAUACCCUCAAACCUGGAAAUGCUUUGGAGGGAGGCUUUGAUGACUAUAAGAAAACACAGCCCUUCAAGGAAACUACAGGAGACAGUCAUAAUAAUAAAGAUUACCAGAUUAGAGAGCUAGAAAAUGCUAGAAGACAUUAUGCUGAAGAACUUGAUUUAGCUGAACAAAAGAUUGUCGCUUUGACUCAAGAUAUCAAACAAUACGAGAAUAGUCAAAUUGAGUAUAAAGACUCUAUUCAACAUUUUAAGGAUAGACUUGAGGUUAGAGAUAAAGAAAUCGCUCGCCUAAAUGCUCUCCAGACUGAAGGAAGCAACAUCGACAAUCUCAGCCAAGCCUAUAACCAGGAGAUGAGUAAAGUAAAUAUCCAAAAGCUGAACAGCCAAAUCGACUUCCUAAACAAACAAAACUCAAAGCUUGAGGAGGAACUCCAAGCCAAAGAAGAAAUCUUGAACACCUCUGAAAAGUAUAAAGCUGACAGGAUUUCUAUGGGAAAGAAGUAUGCUGAACUCGAGAAAGAUAACAAGAAGCUGCAUCAGGAUGCCCAAGAGAUGGAGACAGUCAUCCAAGACCUCAAGGACAAACUAGAUGAAUACAGCUCUGCCAUGGUGAAGAAGAAGUUCACCUCUGUUGAAAACUUACAAGAAGAGAAGAAUAAAAGGAUCCAAGCUGAAGAAGACCUCAGAAAGCUUGAGAAUGAAAUCAGACAAUAUAGAAGAGCAGAUGACUACAACCAAGAUAUGAUCAAGAGAUCAGAGAGUGACGUAAAGACUAUCAAUAACAGGCUUGAAGAUACAGUGAAAGAGAACCUUGACUUGAGGAACACUAUUGAUACCCACCAGAGCGAAAUCAGAAAACUUAAGAAUGAAAAAGAACAAAUUAGACAAGAUAUAGAGUACUACCAGAUGAAGUACCAGCAAAUGGAGCAGAAUUAUCAGGCUUACAAGAAGAUGAACAUUGAAGUCUCACAAGAGAAAGAGCUCACUGAGGAGGAGAGAAUGAAGUUCCAAGAGAAACUUAUCAAAAUGGAGAAUGAACUUUCAGAAGCUCAGAGAUUAUACAACGAUGCUAAGUACCAACUUGAAAGAGUUAAAAGAGAGAAAGAGUAUAAUGAGACUGAGCUGGAAGAAUACAAACAGAAAGCUAUUAAUUUCAAGAGCCAAGCUGAUAACAAUAGCACAACUCUCAAUCGAUUCCAAUUACAGAGUGAGUCUUCUCAGAAGGAAUCAGAAAUGCUUCAAAGAGAGAAGAGGAGCUUGGAGGAGCAAAUGGAUUCUAAGAACCAACAAAUUAUCAGACUGGAGAAAGACCUCAAAAUAGUCAAGCAUGAAUUGACAUCAGCUAAUGACUCUAAUGAGAUCAUGAGGAGUGAGCAUAAGAUGCUGUCUGAUGAACUCUCCCUCGCACUCAAAGAUUUAGAUACUGAGAAGAGGAAGAUCAGAGAAUAUGAGAGGGAAAAUUCUGAGUACAAACUUUUGAAAUCUAAAUUUGAAUCAAUUGAGGACCAAGUUACCUCUAUAGUAACUCAAAAGAAUGAAAUUGAGAAAGAAAAUACAAAGAAUAAGAAUAAAAUCAUUGAUUUAGAAAAUACCUUGAAGCUCAAGGAGAAGAUUAUUGCUGAAACUGACAAGAAAUAUCAAGAGAUCUAUGCUAAGCUCUCUGACUCUGAAAGAAGAAGCAUGAAGGAUGACGACAACUGGAUUGUUGUUCAACAGUAUAAGCAAGAGGUUGAAGAUAAACAGAGAGUUAUCAGUGAAUUAAGAGCUAAAGAAACAGAGAACCUUGAGAAAAUGGAAUCUCUCCAGAGCGACCUGAAAAAAGUCAGAUUUGACCUUGAUCUUGAAAAGGAUAGAGCAAGGAGUCUCAAGGACAGCAAGGAGAAGGUUGAUUAUGAAUUAAAGCAAGCCAGAAGGAAUAUCUCAGAACUAGAAGAUAGGCUCAACAAUGACAGGAAUGAUAACAUUAUUACUGAGCAGCAGAAAAAUCAGGCAACUAUUGAAGUUGGAGACCUCAAGAAUCAAAUUUCUAAUCUAAAGAAGGAUAAAUACAACCUCGAAGAAGACAUCAGUGAAAGUAGGAAGAAAAUUGAAGAUCUACAAUUAAGUUUGAGUAGACAACACGAUGAAACAGAGAAGCUCCAAACGUUGAUUCAGACAUUGGAAAGAGCUAAAGAAGACCUUGUUUCAAGACUUCAGAACGUGAACAAAGAAAGGAAUACUGGGGAAAGAGAUAAAGCAGACCUUGUCACAGAGAUCGGACAAUUAAAAAAAACCAUUGUUUCUAAAGAAAGUGAAAUCAAUGACAUGAGGAGUAAUAUAAUUGAACUAGAUCAAAGAAAUGAUAUGCUGCAGAACAUGCUUGAUCACAAGACUGAGGAACUAUACCAAACUCAAAAUUCAUUGGAAUCUCAGAAUAAAGAAUAUGCUGAGACUAGGCAACAACUCUCAUUUGUUGCUGGAAAGGAAGAAAAUUAUGAGAAUCGUCUUCAGGAAAGAGAGAAAGAAAUUGAUGAACUCAAGAAGCAUAUCCAAGAGAUUAAUAGAAAUCUUCACGAGUAUAAAGAAAUGGAUAGCAUGAAGACUCAUGAUGCAAACCAAUUAGCAAAUGAUGUAAAUGUCCUCACAAGAGAAAACCAGAUAGUCAAGGAACAACUCAUGAAAGUCAGUGACGAAAAGGAGUACUUCAGAAUUGAAUUUGAGAAUGCUCAAAGUAGAGCCAAGCAGCUAAACCAAAACAUGAGAGCUCUGGAGCUAGAAAAAUCUGAUAUCCAGGCCUCUUACAAAGAAGUUUGUAAUGAGAAUCAGAGGUUUAAGGAUAGCUUUAACCACAUUUCUAAUCACAAUAGAGAUUCAGAUGAGAGAAUACAUACCUUAGAAAGAGAAAUUCAGGAAUCUAAGUCCAUCAUCAGGACUCUUGAGGAGAAAGAAGAGAAGAUGCUCUAUGAACUUCAGCAAUAUGAUAAUAACGUCACAUUUUUGACUGAGCAACUUGAGUGUGCACAACAAGAUGCUAUGGAAGCCAAAAGUGCUAGAGAUACUCUUAUGAAAGAUCAUGAGAUUCAGAGGAACAUCUCUAUCAAAGAUGAAGGAUCUAAAGAAGAGCUCACACGCUAUGUGAUGCAACUCGAGAACCAUAGAAAUGUUUUGGAGACUCAAUUGGAAGAGAUGCAUAGAGAAUUAUCUCAGCAAAGAGAAAGAAGAGACUAUGAGCGUCAAAGAUACCAAGAACUUGAACAAGUUCUGAACAAAGAAAGAAUUUCUAUGCAAUACACUGAGCAAGAAAGAGAUUCUUUAAGAUGUGAGAAUGAAAAGCUCCAAUCGACCAUCAAGAAGCCAUCCUCCUAUAUGGCUAGAAGAAGUGAAUCCCUUCAAGAUGAAGAAGGGGAGAGUACCUAUUCAAUGGGCUCGAGCCAGAGAAGUUAUGACAAUAGAAGCAAUAUCAACCUAGACAAAAUCAUGAAUCAGCUGGAUGAUAGCGAGUCAUAUUCCCAAAAAUAA